AGAGGGAAAAAAAUGUUAAUUACUUGAUUAAAAAAGGUUGCUCUGCCUCAAUUUUGUAGCCAAAGGUUUAACGUAGUUUAAUAAAGAGACGACUUAAAGAGUCAACACAUAAAAAAGCAAUCAAAAAAAAAAAGAAAGAUCCGGAGUCUUAAGCGUGUCUGUAUUAUUAGUCCCACUAUGCGUACGACUGCUUAUGCAUUAAAGACUACUAUUUAUGUUUUUCUAUCUAUGUGAUUUAGUAGGUCUCCGAGAAGAAAGAACAGGACCUAGUAAAGUUAACUUCCGACAAUGGGAGCUUCAACAGUUUUACUAUGUGGUGUUGUUCUGAUUCACGUGUUUGCUUCUCAAACUGACGCUCAAAGACCUAGAAGUCCAUGGAAAACACUCAGUGGUGAUGCUCCUCGUGUGAUCUCUCGUGGAGGGUUUUCUGGAUUGUUUCCAGAUUCGAGCCUUGAUGCUUACAACUUCGCACUACAGACAAGUGUAGCAGAUGCUAUCCUGUGGUGUGAUGUUCAAUUAACCAAAGAUGGAGCUGGGAUUUGUUUCCCUGAUCUAAACAUGAGCAAUGCUUCAACUAUUGAAGUUGUUUACCCAAAGGGUCAAAAAACUUACCCGGUUAAUGGAGUCCCUACUCAGGGCUGGUUCACCGUUGAUUUCUCCUUGAAAGAUCUCAACAAGGUUUACUUGAUCCGAGGUAUAUUAUCUCGUUCAGACAGAUUCGAUGGUAAUGGAUACACGAUCUCCACUGUUCAAACUGUAAACAUAGAGUUGAGACCACGAGGCUUAUGGUUAAACGUUCAGCACGAUGCCUUCUACGCGCAGAAUAAUCUGAGCAUGAGCAAUUUUCUGAUAUCUGCUUCAAAAAAUGUUUCCAUUGACUACAUCUCUUCCCCUGAAGUGAAUUUCUUUACAAAGAUUGCUGGCCGGUUCGGGCAUAAUGGACCGAUCUUCGUGUUCCGUUUUCUCGAGAAAGAAACAUUCGAGCGGACGACAAACAGAUCAUACGGUUCUAUCUUGAGUAACUUGACUUUUGUCAAGACGUUUGCUUCAGGGAUUCUUGUUCCCAAGUCUUACGUAUUGCCACUCGAUGACAAGCAGUACUUGCUUCCCUCCACAUCCUUAGUUCAAGAUGCUCACAAAGCAGGACUUGAAGUGUUUGUGUCGGGUUUUGCUAAUGAUGUUGAUAUUGCACAUGACUAUAGUUAUGAUCCUGUCUCUGAGUAUCUAUCUUUUGUGGAUAAUGGCAACUUCUCUGUCGAUGGUGUUCUCUCUGACUUUCCCAUAAGUGCAUCUGCAUCUGUCGAAUGCUUCUCCCACCUUCGCAGAAACGCUACAAAACAAGUUGAUUUUCUUGUUAUAUCAAAAAAUGGAGCGAGUGGGGACUAUCCUGGAUGUACAGACUUGGCAUAUGAUAAGGCUAUCAGAGAUGGUGCUGGUGUUAUCGACUGCUCGGUCCAAAUGUCCAGAGACGGUAAACCUUUUUGCUCACAUUCAAUAGAUCUCUCGAACAUCACAAACAUCGCCCAAACAUCUUUCGCUCAGCGUUCAACACAUGUUCCUGAGAUUAGCUCAAACGAUGGAAUAUACACUUUUAGUCUCACAUGGUCUGAGAUCCAGAGCUUGAUUCCUGCGAUUUCAAACCCUUACAGGGUAUACAAUAUGUUCAGGAAUCCGAAUGAGAAAAAAUCUGGAAAGCUUAUUUUACUUUCUGAAUUCCUAAAGUUGGCAAAACACUCCACUUCUCUCUCCGGUGUUUUGAUCAGUGUAGAGAAUGCAAUGUACCUGCGACAGAAGCAAGGGCUCAACAUGGUUAAAGCGGUUCUCGAUACCCUCACGGAAACUGCUUACAGCACUCGAAUAACCACUACAAAAGUCAUGAUUCAGUCAACGGAUAGCUCGGUCCUAGUUGAGUUCAGGAAUCAGAGCAAGUAUGAGACAGUCUACAAAGUUGAAAAAACCAUUAGUGAUAUUAGUGACUCUGCUAUUGAAGAGAUAAAAGAAUUUGCCAGUGCUGUUGUCAUCACGAAAGUAUCAGUAUUUCCCACAUUUUAUGGGUUCGUCACGGGGCAAACCAAUGUUGUGGAGAGGCUGCAGAAGUCUCAGCUUCCGGUAUAUGUGGAACUGUUCCAGAACGAGUUUGUAUCUCAGCCAUAUGACUUCUUCUCUGACGCAACUGUUGAGAUAAACUCUUAUGUUACUGGAGCUGGUGUAAAUGGAACCAUCACUGAGUUUCCUUUCACAGCUGCUAGAUACAGAAGGAAUAAAUGUUUGGGAAGCAAAGAAACUCUACCUUACAUGGCUCCUGUCCAACCAGGUGGCCUCUUAGAAGUUGUGAGUCCGGCGUCCUUACCUCCAGCCGAAGCUCCAAACCCAGUGUUCACAGAUGCUGAUGUCCCAGGUUAUGACCAUUACAAACAAUGCAGUCAAACGUUUCUCUGUGGUAAUCAAGGCGGUCUCUUGUACCCUUUCUGGACACCUGACAGAGAAACCUGCGGCUACCCUGGCUUUAAGCUCAACUGUAGCCAAGGAUUCGCAGAGCUUACUGUCUCUUCCGUGAAGUUCAGAAUCUUAAACGCAAAUUACACUUCUCGUAAUAUAAGACUCGCCAGAUCAGAUUAUAUCGACAAUAUUUGUCCUUCAGACCCACUAAAUGGACCAUUCUACCAAAAUGCCCUUCAACUGGCUAAUGACACCAAUCUGCUAACAAUGCUUUAUGACUGCCAAGACUUAUCAUCCAUUAUCUACAGUAGUGAAGCUUACAAUUACGUUACAGACUUUCAAUGUAAAGAAGGUGUAAAAAACAACAACUAUUGUGUUGUGAUAAACAGCUCGUCUUCUUUAUUCAACGGGAGGGAUGGCAUUGACUACAUGAAGGAAAACUGCACAGAUUACGUCAGCAUGCCUUUUUCCGGAUCGAACCUACACACUCUGGAUUCAAAUAAUCUAAAGAAGACUCUUGAACAGGGUUUCGAGCUUCAACUUAAACAAGACUGCUCCAUGUGCCUAGAAUCUAAGGGUGCUUGUGGAUACGAUCAAGCUUUUAAUCGAUUCGUCUGCUAUUGCGACGAUGGGACCCAUGGCGAUACUUGUAGCUCUGGAAAGACAAGUCAAGGGUUUUCGGUCAACACAGUUCACAAAGGGUCUUUGGUCAAUGCAAUUGGCAAAGUUUCGGGCUCAGUAGCAGGCGUUGUUAUGUUCUUGGUCUUACUAUCAUUGUUUCUUUGUUACCUCUGGAAGAGAGAAACACGACAGAGACAGCAAAAUCUCAAGUCUCUUAUUCCACUCAAACACUACUCUUAUGCACAAGUGAAAAGAAUUACAAAGUCAUUUGCGGAAGUGGUCGGGAGAGGCGGAUUUGGAAUUGUGUAUCGAGGAACUCUUCCUGAUGGUCGUAUGGUUGCGGUGAAGGUCUUGAAAGAUUCAAAGGGCAAUGGUGAAGAUUUCACGAACGAGGUUGCAAGCAUGAGCCAAACUUCUCAUCACAACAUUGUUUCCUUGCUUGGUUUCUGCUCUGAACGUUCCAAAAGAGCUAUUAUAUAUGAAUUUUUGGGAAACGGGUCCCUUGAUAAAUUCAUCGCAGGCAAUACUUUGGACUGGACGGCAUUGUAUCAAAUUGCGCUUGGAGUUGCUCGAGGCCUAGAAUACUUGCAUCACGGCUGCAAAACGAGGAUUGUACAUUUCGACAUAAAACCACAAAAUGUACUCUUAGAUGAAAACUUUUGCCCCAAGGUUUCAGACUUUGGUCUUGCUAAGCUCUGCGAGAAGAAAGAGAGUGCACUGUCAUUGCUGGACACACGAGGUACAGUCGGGUACAUAGCACCAGAAAUGAUUUCAAGGGUCUAUGGGAGUGUCUCUCACAAGUCAGAUGUAUAUAGCUACGGGAUGUUGGUUCUAGAGAUGAUUGGCGCAAGGAAUAAAGAAAAAGCUCAUCAAGACUCCGCUUCUAACACGAGUUCAAUAUACUUUCCUGAGUGGAUAUAUAGGGAUAUUGAAUUAGGAAAGUCUAGAAGGCUUAUCGAGGAUGAAAUCAGCAAUGAGGAACAUGAGCUAGCAAAGAAGAUGGCUUUGGUUGGUUUGUGGUGUAUUCAGUCUUCUCCGUUGGAUCGCCCACCUAUGAACAGAGUUGUAGAGAUGAUGGAAGGAAGCUUGGAUGCUCUUGAAGUGCCCCCUAGGCCUGUUUUGCAAAUUCCCAUAGCACCUCUUCAAGAACCUUCAACACUUUCAAGGGAUAUUUCGGUUUACACCGAAGAAUGAUCGAAAACGCCUCCUUGGAAUUUAUCAAAGCAGGACCACAACAAUGCAAAUAUUCAAGAAAUGCCAUAUAUUGUCUACAUUCCGAAUUAAAAUGGGAAAUCUGUGUAUAAAAUUAGGCUAUUCUGAAGAUUAUUUGAUGUCCAUAUACACCAAGUUCGGUGUAUUUAGGUGAAUGCAUGAGAAUUCACCUACUGUGCAUACUACUUAAUCCCAAUUCAGUUCCUAAGUC